UUAUUCAUUGAAAUGGGAGCGAAAUUGGCUCCAUGCCUGUGCGCAUCAGCCAAAAAGCCGGUGCCCGCCGUGAGCAUACUGUCGUUUUCAUCUUCGAGCAACUGAACGGCCACGCUGCGCUCUGCACCAUCUUCAUCAUCACGCUCCCGAUUUCGACCUCUGAAGAAGAAGAAGAAGAGAAGAAGCUUUUCUCGAUUCAUAUGACGGAGGACAGUGGCGCUAGGGUUUCCUUGGACGAACCCAUCGCAGUUCCCAAUAUCGAUUCCUCUUCCCAAACAAAGCCAAGAAAGAAAAGAAAGUGGGAUCAACCUGCGGAGUCCUUUCUUUCUACUGGUAUUGCAGUUCCAGGGGUUCUCCCGUCAUACAACAUGACGCCCCUUGGUGGGGUUGCUGUCGCCAGUGUGGCGGCAUUGGCACAAGUUUCUUCAGUCAACUGUGCAACCAUAACCCAGUUGAAGAUACAAGAUGAAUUAAUUGCAAGAGAAAUAUCAAUAAAUGAUGCAGAGCCUUCUGUUCGGUACAAGCUCACAAAACGUCAGACCCAGGAGGAGAUUCAAAGACAAACUGGUGCUGUGGUGAUAACGAGGGGCAAGUAUCAUCCUCCAAACACGCCUCCAGAUGGCAACAAGCCACUCUAUCUUCACAUCUCUGCUGGAGUCCAUUUGAAAGAUAUGGCAGAAAGGAUAUUAGCUGUUGAUCGAGCUGCUGCCAUGGUUGAAGAAAUGCUGAGACAGGGUCAGAAUGUUGUGCCAUUGUCUUUUAAUUCUUUAAACAAUGACUUCAAGGUUAAUCAGCCAUUGACCACGAGUGUAUUCUUGUGCUUUGACACGGACCCAUCUAUGAACAUUGCUGCUCGAAUACGGGGACCAAAUGACCAGUAUAUAAAUCACAUAAUGGCUGAAACAGGAGUAACUGUCUCUCUCCGAGGACUUGGUUCAGGAAGUAGUGAAGGUGCAUGUGAAGAACCAUUGCAUUUAUUCUUGUCUAGCAACAAUUUCAAAAGUCUUGAGGAUGCCAAAAAUUUGGCUGAAAACCUGAUGGAUACAAUCAGUAAAGAGUUUGGUGUUUCAAGGGUUUCAUCAUGUAAGGUUUAUAGUGCUGUUGCACCUCCACAGCAGGUUUAUGGAGCUGUUCCACCUCCACCACAGGUUUACGGAGCUGUUCCACCUCUGCUUCAGGUCUAUGGAGCUGUUCCACCUCCACCAAAGGUUUAUAAUGCUGUUCCACCUCCACUGCUUUGUUCAACACCACAGCAGUUGUAUACAGGAGUUGAUAGCUUGGGAAAUGAGCCAAGUACAAGUUCAGCUUCAAGUUCGAUCUCGUCAGCUUCUCCGACCAUAGUCUCGCAAGUUUCUUCUGUUAUACCAGGAGCUGCUCCUGUCAUCACUCAAGGUUCAAUAUUACAAGCUGGAUCGUUACAGUCUCAAUCAACUGCCAUUAGCUAUUCCAAGCCACUUAUAUCUAGUGGGACAAACUAUAAUGGAUAUAGUGGAAUAUAUCCUCAAGCGACACCUUUACAACAAGUUGCCCUAGCCCUUAAACAAGUAUCUUCAACUACCAUCUCUGUAGCUGUCCCAAACAGGUCAGCACCGAGCAUGUCGAAUGUGAGUGUUAGCACUGAUGUAGAGAAAGAAAAACGUCCUCAUCAGAGGCGUAAGUUUCAAGAGCUACCAAUUUGUGUGCAGGGUUCCCCAAUAAGCAAUCAGGUAUCAGUUUAUUCCCUCUUGUUUGAGUGUUUACCUCUUUAUUUGAUUUGUAUUUUGAGCCAUUUUAAAGGGAUCAUUGAGGAAGGACAAGCUUUUCAAGUGUGAAGGCUGUGACCUGUUUAAUGUCAAUCCUUGCAUAAAUAUAUGAGAAUUGAUAGAGAACCGAGUGUGUAAGUUGGACAUGGACUUGAACAAGUGUGUGUGACGAAGAGUUCAUUUUGAAAGUUCUUUUGGGGGGUUUAGUGUCAAUUGAGGCAAUUUAAAGUGAAAUUCUUUUUGGCUUGUGAUAGAACUUAAUCUAUUAAUUGAUAAUAAUCAAUGGUACAAGCAAAGGAAGUAUUUGAUUGCUCCCAUUUCUCCCUCGACUAUAUUGCCCAAGCAAGUCAAAAGGUCUCUCCCACAACUAUAAUACCAGAACAAGCCAAGAUACCCCUCCUCUCCUAUUGCCCAAGCUUAUAACAUGCAUGAGGCCUUAUUGGUCAAAAAGUUAUGGCAUUUUCUUCUGGAGACUAACACCGUAUGUGCCAUAAGGUUAUUGUGAGCAUGUACGGUCUCUCUGAUUGGGAUCCGAGAGGUAUUUUCAGAAACCUAUGCAAAUCUAUUGCUGAGAGGUUUCCUUUUUUCUCUCAGUUUAGUUUUUUUAUGGGUGAUGGGUCUAUUACAUAUUUUUGGAAGGAUAAGGGGAAGGUAGGUAGACUCUAAGCACAUCGUUCCUUUGUUUCCAUGAGGUGUCAUUCUAUGGUCUCUGUUUUUCCUUCUACUGUAAUUUGUCUUCUCUUUCUAAUAUGAAGAGGACAAAUAUUUUGGAUCUUGUUGCUGCUUAGGGAGUUUUUGUUGUUUAGGGAAGGAGGGGAAUGUCCAAAUUUGGGGCUUUGAUCCUUCAAGGGUUUUCUUGUGGUUUUUUUUCAUUGUUUGUUGGAGUGCUGCAUCUGUGAUAGGAGGAUAGCAGAGGAUGUUGACCACACUCUUGGGAGUUAAUCUAGUUUGUUUCGGGAAUCGUUUUUUUCCAAAUGUGUGGUGAGUUUUGGGUUUCUGUCAUCAGAUUGCUUUUUCAUUGUUCAGGAUUCUUCACUUCCCUUUCUGUGAGGAGAGGCAUUAUUUGUUUCUCUCAGGUGUCUGUGCUAUUCCGUGCGGAAGCGCUAGAGAGAAAUCAUAAGAUUUUUAGGAGAGUUAGAAAGAUAGUGAGAGGAGAUUUGGUCCCUGAUAUGUACGGCAGUGUCUCAGGACUUUUCUAAUUAACCUUUAGGUCCUAUUUUGUAUCCGCUUUCUUAAUUUUGGCUCCUUUUGUUGGUCUGUCUUUUUGUAUGGUCAUUAUAUUCUUUGAUUUAUUUUCUCCAUGUAAGUUUGGUAUUUUUCUCGUAUAGGAAAUAGUAACCAUUCAUUGAUAAAUAUGAAAUGGGAUGUAAAAGAGGUAAUUGAUAAUAUGAAAGCCUGGUUUCUGUCCAAAAAUAAACAAGACAAAAACAUAAACAAACAUGACUCUUGAACACCUCCCAUGACAGAUUUUCACUUUCAAAUACCUAUUCUAUCCUCUUUCUCCUACAAACAGUAAUAACAGAAGGCCUAUCACCUUAUUGUUUUGGAACUUGAAAAGAGAUUUUCGCCUUCAGGUUCCUGCUUCUGUUUUAUUAUAUAGUAUUUUUUUAUUUCACAUCUAUAAGAACAAGCUAAAAAGCCUUGAGUAAUUCAUUUGAAGGAAUCCAAUGGUUUGGUUAUCUUAUCUUUCAUAUCGCCAAGCUAGAGUAAAAGGGCUGGAGAUGUCACGCAUGUAGUUACGCUAAUAUUUUCCUUUGGUAGAAAUAUUGAUAUUGUACAUCUUAAUCUUGAAUAGACAUGGUCCAUCUCUUAGUUUGAACUUAGCCGUAGUUCUCAGUCUAGAAUUGCAUGACAUGAUGAUUUCAAUCUUUCUUCCGUAUCUGCACCUCAAUUGUUGUAACAUUACGUCACUGGCUUUGUUCAGAAUGACCUAUUUUCGAUAUGCAGUUUAUCUUCGGCUAACCUCAGUGCUUAAUGUUACAGGUAUUUUCUCUGACUUUUGAAGCUUUACAGGCUGAAGUUCUUGGACCACAUUGUUGGAACAUUGGUUUGUUUUUUCAGUUUCACAGGCCUUCAGCCUCCGGAACUGAUGACUGUUAAUGAUCUCAUCUAACAAAGAUUCAAAUUCGUGCCUGUUUUGUUGUUCA